AAUUAGCCAAUUAAAAGCUUUCAAUGUGACAGGAAAAGGUUAUUCCCCUUUUUGCGCUUCAUUCGUCUUUGUAAAAACGCAACAAAAAGUUACUUCCCUUUUCCUUCUUUUAACCAUUUGCUGAUUAUCAAUAUCGGGAGUUUCUUUCAAAUCAGAAAAUGGACGACUUCCUUGAGAGACGAGGGGUAGAUAAAGCUGUGAUUGAUAAAAUGCUGGAAGACAAGAUUGAUUGUGACACUGUGACUAUUAUGACUGAUGAAGAACUGAAAAAAUACUUGCCAGCUUAUGGUGACCGCAUAGCAUUGAUGGCUUUUGCAAGACGUGAUAUGAAAAAGUCUGGUUCAACCAAAUACGAUGGCACAGAAGUAAACACAGGAAACACAGAUACCGCUAAGAUACGUGAGCUUAUGUCCUCUGGUAAACGCGGAUUGGGAAAUAAAAACGCGUCACGAAUGUGUCGACGCGUAGAAAUGGGAUGGUUUCACUUAGACGAAAUAGCAUUAAAAUACAAGCAAGUAAGAUCACAGAAUGGGGGCGGCACAAGAACAUUACUUUUAGAAAAAAGCUGCACCUUACCUGACAUUCUAUCAAAAGCAAUUGAGACAUUUUUUCCAAACGAUGGACAGUCAAAAUUUGGUAAAAUAUCGAGUAUGAAUACAGAAAUGAGAGACUUUAAGGGAGAUACUCUUGCAGGAAAUAGAACUGUUGAUGAACUUUACAAGGAAAGCAAACUAAAGAAGCUCAGAGUAUAUUUGUACACGAAAACAAAAAAGGGUCAAGAUUCUGAAACGAAUGAAGAGCCAUGGGAGGAAGUCGUAGGGGCAGAUGGAUUAGGUGUAUCAGAUGAAGGAGAAGGAUGUGAAGAAGAGAAAAUGGAAGCUGAGGCAGAGAGUUUUCAAAAUGUGGCAAUGGCGAGCGUAAACAGCCCCGAUUGUGAAGUAACUUUUCAUCCCAGACAUUGUCUUAGUCUUAGUCGACCUGGAGAAUUAACUGUACCACACCAAAGACCUAACUCUUGGAUCCAGACAGAGAUACCGGUAAUAGAUCUCGUCGAUGCAGAAGAAGACGAAGACAUGAAUAGAGCGAUAGAUGCAAGCCUCCUCGACUUGGAUGAGGAAGAAAAAAAGGUGUCUUCCCUACAUGAAGCCCUACAUACUUUAAAAGGCCAAGCUGUAGAUGAAAGUAAAACAACAAAACUGAUAGUAUUAAGAAAUAAUAUUUUGAAUAGUGCUAUCAGGGCAAUGGACAAGAAGACAAUUAAUUUAAGGGGAAAGCUGUACAUAAAGUUUUCCGGAGAGAUUGGAGAGGACCAUGGCGGACCCCGCCGUGAAUUUUUCAGGCUGGUCAUACACGAGUUAAAGGAAUCCAGAUACUUUGAAGGCCCCGAAGAAAGCAAGGUGUUCACCCACAAUUUAGAUCUAUUAGAAAAGAGGGAUUACCAAAUGAUUGGGAGAAUUGUUGCUUUGGCCCUCCUCCAGGAUGGACCGGGCCUUCACUUCCUGAAUGAAAUAAUGUAUGACCUCAUGGUUGGUGAGACAGCUGCAGACCUAGAAAACAAAAAAAUUAGUAUGCAUGGAGACCUUAACCAGCUAACUCAAGAGCUGGAAGAUGUUGACACUGAAGAAAAAAGAGAUCAGUUUCUGUCGGCACAUGGAGACAGUCUUCUUGACAUGGGAUUUAGUAAUCCGUAUAGUAUGAAAAGGGAGAAUAAAGGAGAACUGAUCUACAAAAUAAAGAAGUUCUAUCUGUUUUUCAGGCUUUCUGUGCCUCUUGUAUUUGCUCCGCCUUUAAAACUUGCUUCGAUAUUUAGACUUGAUGCACCUUUUGUAGGGGCUGUACUGUUUGGACUUGCUGAUCUUCUUAGACUUGCUUCCUAA